AUGGCGCCUCCUGGCCUGUCUUGCUGCGGCUCCCUGAGCCCGAGGGAAUCUGCAGCCUGCCGGGGAGCCCCCACCAGCCUGAGUUUGCUUCUGGCUUCCUAUAAAAUCUUCUCCCGCCCACCUUCUCUGCUGCCAGACCGCCCGAGGUGUCCUCAGUUUCUUCCCAAGUUGGACUCACUUUUGGGGUGUCCCAAAAGCCCGAUUCCAGGGCCUGCUAGCCCGACCCCAGUGACGCCUCCACCCGCGCCUGGCCCCAGCCUUCCCCCACGAUCGCCGCCCUCCGGGGCACACCCUCCGCCAGAAAACAGCCGGCGGGAAGGCGAGACUUUGGGCAGAGUCAGGGUUCCUCUCACGCGCCCGGCCCCUCUCCAGGUCUCCCUAGGAGUGCGCAGCCUAUACGCACCAGUUUCUCUUCAGAACAAGGACAGGGAGGGAGUUGGGAGGGGGCUGAAACCUUUUGCCAUCAGCAAACAGCCCCAGCCAAAAAUAACCCUGGAAAGGCGAGCUGAGAAUGGUUAUCUCCUGCCAGCGCUGAAAUCGGAGGCUGGGCGCUGCGUGUGGUGUGUGUGUGUACCCUCCCACCGCGACCAUUUGUUGAAGGGAAUCACCACUGUCAGACUUCAAUCCAACAGGACCCACUGGAGCCAUCCACACUUUCCCCAGCCUCUUCCAAAACAGCACACUUUCCGACUGAAGAAGAAUGGUAUUCAUGUAGUUCCCAUUUUACAGAUGAAAACAGGAGGACUUUUUCUGUGAAGUCAAGAAAGUGGUUACAAUGGUACUUUCAGCCUGUCCGAAUUAUAUAUUGCCCCUCCCCUUUUUAUUAAUAACAUUGAAAUGUGAUGGGGAAAACAUUGAAGCUGUCAGUUGAAACCGGCUGGGACUUUUUAGCCAUUCUCUUCAACAUAAAGAAUGGGUGUUUUUGGAGGGAGUGAGAGGAAUGGAGAAAUGUUGUCAAAGAGUACAAUGUUUUAGUUGAGACAGGAAGAAUAUAUUUUGUUGAGAUCUAUAGCACAGCAUGGUUACUGUAGUUAACAAUGAAACAUUAUAUAUUUCAAAAUUGCUAAGACAGUAAAUUUCAAAUGUUCUCACCA